CUCAGCGUUCGAGAUCGGUAACUCACAGGCUUCUUCGAAGUCUGCCUCGAAUAGUUUGAUUCGUUGAAGUGCAGGGAUCGAAUUUAAAGGAUUAUCAAUAUUAAAUACGACUUAUUAUUUUUUUGCAACAUAUGGAAGGAUUUUGACGUCUUAUCAUUUGCUCUAAGCCGCUGUGAAUUCUCCUCACACGUGUUUUCUUCAUUUAACUGGCAGCAAGAAAGUUUACAUUAUUUUAUACCUCAAAGAAUAAUAAGUGCAAGAUGACGACCACCACGAACGCCCUGCUCAUCUUGGGAGGGAUCGUAGGGCCAAGCAUAGCGGCCGCCGCCCUCGCCGGCGCUGUGGCCCUCGGCAUCGGCGCUCUGGCACUCAGAAGAAAACGCAGGAAAAGCCACGGCCACGGAUACGGGCAUGGUCAUGGUCACGGCCACGGUAAAGGCCACGGCCACGGCAAAGGUCACGGUGGUGGCUACGGUCACCACGGGCACGGUCACGAUGACGGCUACGACCGUCUGAGUACGGCUGGCGAGGAGACAAGCCCCAGGCGCAGGAAGCGUGAGGUCGUAGGGGACGAAGUCGAGCGCGGCGAGAUGCUGAUGCAGGUGAUCCGUCAGCAAGAUACGACCGGUUGCGGCCUCAAGCUGGUAUGUCAGCUCGCUGCUGAGAAUGAAGACUUCUUGGCAGAGGAAGAGCUUGCCAUACUCAGUUUAGUUCAGUUGGUACCGCAGGGAGAGAGCAGGUUACACACGUCGGGAGCCCGGGACUACCACUUGGCCCUUGCCACCGGCCAGGCCGGCGGUAACUGCACACAAGCGUAUCCCAGCUGCCCUAUAGACGGCAUGCGUAUCAUGGACGGCGUCAUGGCGUUCUUGCCGUGAAACUCUGCUUUUAUUAAUGCACCGUUUACCCAUAAUGGACAGUGUCAUGCGUAUUAUGUACGGAGUCACGGCGUUCUUGCCGUGAAACCAUACUUUUAUUAAUGCCCCGAUAUCCCAUAAUGGACAGUGGACGGUGAAUAAUGGACGGUGUCAUGGCGUUCUUGCCGUGAAACCCUGCCUUUAUUAAUGCCCGUUAUCCCAUAAUGGACAGUGUCAUGCGUAUAAUGGACGGUGUCAUGACGUUCUUGCCGUGGAACCCUGCUGUUAUUAUUUAAUGGACGAUGCUGGACGAUUAAUAAAUUAAUGGACGAUGCAAUAAUGAACGAUACUAUGUGUACAAUUGGCCAGCGUCAUGCGCAUAACGGACGGUGUCAGCGUUUCUUGCCGUGAAGCCCCAUCCCUUUAUUAAUUCUCACUUGGCCAAAAAGUGUGUAAUGGGUGUGAAUAAAAGAACAAGUCAGGAACUAACUGACGUGAGCUCUUGAAAUGCAUAUAUUUAAUAUUCAAACAAAAAACCGCUUUAGACGCUUUAACAAAAUGCGCUUCUGGCGCUUUUGGCGCUUUUGCAGCGACCACGGACAAACAGGCAGACCGCUAGAAGAAUAGGAACUGUUUCCUUGGUUUUAAAAUGAAUUGUUUCCUAUAAAUAAAAAUGAAACAGUUCCUUAAAAAUGGAAAUCAACCGUUUCAUUAAACAGACAGACCUAAAUUGUAUCGAAUCUUAAAUGAAAAGUCGGUAAUCGGAUUCAAUUUGGGCUAUUUUUAAAACAAUGAACGAAUUUUCUAGAUUUGCGCCCGCAAACAGGUAGUGGAGAUAAACAGCUUCAUGUUGAGUGGCGCUAGAUUUUCAUAACUCAAACCAUUCCUGCGCUACUGAUCGUAGGUUCAGUAAACAAAUGUCGUUUAAUAUUUUCAAAGACUUUAAUUUACUGAGACGUUCUUUAGGAGCAAUACAUCAAUCAAAAUCGUUUUACUAUCUUCUUUCCAUUUGUCAAUUACUUAUUUUUUUCCGAAUCCAUAGCAGUGAUGGGAGUUCAUUAAUUCGAUAAUUACGUUCCUCGGUUUUCAAUAGUCAAAAACGAUCUUAUCUUAACAUUUUAAUUUUUGGUGAUCAAGUAGAAUGCUUGAAAAAUACAAGGUUAUUUAUGAUAACGCUUGUGCCACAGUUAUUAUUAAACUCCUAUUCUAUUAUAUUGGCAUGCCA